UACGCCGCCCUCCCGUCUCAUCUUCCCUGGUCACCGUCCCACCGCCUGUACCAAGGUCCCCGCCAGCCCGCCUAGACCCUACGGCCUACGCAGUGAUAUCACACGAACACGGCAAGCACACACCGUCUUUAGUCCGAUCCGGCGGACUAUUGGAGGAUGGCAAUGAUGAGAAGUACGCGGGAUCUGCUGAUGGAGGGUUUCGAGGGGCUCGUGCGGGACGGGUCUUUCAAGUGGCCCGUCCCCCGCCGCGGCGUGGACGACGACGACGACCCCUACCGCUCGCCCUCGGCCUGCAAGAGCACGUCCGUUGCCGGCCUCUCCCCCAUGGUCAGCGCCGUCGUCUCUCGCUGCUCCCGAGUUCUCGACGUAUCCAUUGAAGACCUGCAAUAUGACUUUGAUAUGCAAGCAUCUGACUCUAUAAAGCACCCAAGAAACUAUGCGAGAAACUUUUUGGAAUAUUGCUGCUUUAGGGCACUUGCACAGGUCUCACAAGUUGCGGGAUAUCUUGCUGACAAAAGCCUUCGUCGCCUGACAUUUGAUAUGAUGUUAGCUUGGGAAGUUCCCUCUUCUUCAAGCCAGCUCACUGUUAAGGUUGAGGUUGAUAGCACUGUUAGUUUGGAGGCUUUCUCAAGAAUAGCACCUGCCAUUCCAACAAUCGCUGAUGUAGUAACUUCUUCAAAUCUCUUUGAUGUGCUUUCAUCAACAAGUGGAGGCCGUCUUCCGUUUCUUGUAUAUGAUAAGUAUCUUGCAGGAUUGGACAGAGCAUUUAAGAAAAUGAAGACACAGUCUGAGUCAUCGCUUCUAUCGGGCUUCCGAUCACAGAGAGGAGAAAGGGUUCUAGAAGUCGAUGGAACAUUGACAACUCAACCAGUACUUGAGCAUGUUGGGAUUUCAACAUGGCCAGGAAGAUUGACACUUACGGAUCAUGCCCUUUACUUUGAAGCUGUAAAGGUUGUGACAUUUGAUAAGCCCAAAUCUUAUGAACUUGCAGAAGAUGCAAAGCAGAUUGUUAAACCUGAGCUGACUGGCCCAUGGGGUUCACGGCUGUUUGACAAAGCUGUUAUGUAUAAAUCAACAACCUUAACUGAACCAGUGAUCAUAGAAUUUCCAGAGCUGGCCGGGCACUCUCGCCGUGAUUACUGGUUGGCAAUUAUAUCUGAAGUUCUUUAUGUUCACAGGUUUGUUAGGAAGUUCGACAUAAGUGGAGUCGAUAAAGAGGAAAUAAUUCUGAAGGCCUCGCUUGGUAUCUUGCGGUUGCAAGCCAUCGAAGAAUUAGCUUUUCCAGCUUCCAAUCGAUACGAAUCUCUUUUGUUGUUCAAUCUUUGUGACAAACUUCCUGGAGGAGAUGUAAUACUUGAAACACUAGCCAGUACUAUAUCAUCAAGAAGUUCAGCUCAUGCCAAUCAACCAGGCAUGAGCAUUGGAAUGCGUUCCAUGUCUGCCUUCGCUGUCCUGUCAAACCUGGGCAUGGUAUCACCAGGUAAUAAUAGUGAGAGACUCUUUGUUGGUGAGAUAGUCGUUGGGGAAAUGAGUUCCUUGCAGAAGGCAGUUACUGAGUCAAUGAACAAUUACAAGAAGGUUGAACUGGCCCAAGCCACAGUUGAUGGAGUCAAAGUUGAUGGGCUUGAUACAAACCUGGUAGUGAUGAAGGAAUUGUUAUCACCGGUAAGUGACCUUUGGAGGUUUUUGGUGUCGUUGGCAUUGUGGGAUGAGCCUUUGAAGUCAUUCAUCUUUUGCUUGUUAUCUUCUUCUAUUAUCAUAAGGGGAUGGGUAGUCUAUUUUCUUGUUAUGGUCAUACUGUUAUCAGCAACGGUCAUGCUGCUGACAAGACUAACUAGUCAAGGAAAGCCAAUGACUGAGGUCAAGGUGACAUCUCCACCUUCAAUGAACACUAUGGAGCAGCUCUUAGCUGUUCAAAAUGCUAUUUCCAAAGUUGAAGAGCUUGUCCAGGAUGCAAAUAUUGUUCUUCUGAAGAUAAGAGCUCUACUGCUGGCUUUUCCAUCUCAGCGCACAGGAGCGCGUCAAGGCUCAGGACGACAAGCACCACCAGGAUUGUUAGUUCGCUGUCGACAAAGAUGUGCUCCUUAAGCUUCAACCAUAGGCGCACUCAUUGCUCGUCAGUCAGACCGUGCUCCAAGCUUGCUCACAAAUUCUACAGCCCAUUCAAAGUCCUGGAACGAAUUGGAGCUGCAGCUUAUCGUUUGGAUCUUCCGCCCUCAAGUCUCAUACAUCCAGGGUUCCACAUGUUGCAACUGAAGCCAUUCACCGCCAACUAUUCACCGGUCUUCAUGAAGCUGCCAGAUCUCUCCACUGUGCUGUUGCAACUGCUGGCUAUCCGGGAGCGACUUAUGGUCACGAAGGGCAGCAUGACAAUUCUGCAAGUCAAGGUACGCUGGAACAUGCGACUUGGGAAGAUUACUACAUCUUGUGCUCGUGUUUUCUAGCGGCCGCUUGACUGGGUUGCAGGUGGUGAUGGGCGACUAAACAGGUGGACAUGAGUCCACACGUCAGGGACCUCAAGUGGCUGGUUGACCCAUCAAGUGUGGCAUGUGUGCCAUCACGAUGUCUGAGUGUAUAUUUAAGCCCUGGGUUUCUUCAGCAAACUGGUGAAGGGCUUAGCCAAAAUUCCAUAGGCCUGUUCAAACUUUAUGUAAUAUCCAGUCAAUCCCAAAAAUUCUCCGAGCUCUUCUUGCAAGUAUCAGCAGGUUAUAAUGCCAAAUAAGAGUUUCUUGUGGUUGAAUUCAAAUGGUAACCUGUUUCUAUUAAUCUCAAAAGCUUACAAAAAGAAUCAAAUUCAUUUGAAAA